AUGGAUGAGCUCCACGAAGCCGCGAUUGCUUACUACAACAACGGCUCCAUGGAACAACAAAAUUUGGCGUGGCAGUUUUUCCGGGCAAUGGACAUUGACGGUAAUGGUCGUGUCAGCCUUCAAGAGUAUACUGACUUUUUGUGUCGAACCGCCGGUUUAGCUUGGGUUCAUCCCGAGAUGUUCAUUGAGCUAGACCGAAACGGAGACGGUCAGCUUGACUUUUGGGAGGUCUUGACGCUAUACUACGUGGCUCGGACCCGGACCAUUAGCUGCCGCACGUGUCGUCGGCCUCUCAAUGGUUUAUACUUCACGUGUGUUACGUGCUUCGAUUCGCCAUGUGGCGGCGACACAUUUGAUCUCUGCGUCAAGUGUUAUAUGCGUCGGACCUAUAGUCAUCCACAUCGUCUCUUCUUGGAUAGUUAUGUUUUAUUACGAGCUAAGCGUAGCCAUCAUCCUCUGCAGCCGCCUGGCGAUCACAUGGCUCAACAAAACCCUACCAGGAUUGGAUGGUGGAGUGCUUUGAAAGCAAUGGAAGUUGCACUUGCUGUCGGAAACCUGUCAGCCUUUUGCACUAUUAUGUAA